AUGGCGGCCGUGGCGGCCGAGCUGGACAACAUGGAACAGCAAAACAACAACAGCCCCUGGGAGAACCCCGACCCACGGGUUUGGGAUGACACCACGGCCACCGCCAAGCUCUUCGAGUGUUCCCGCAUCAAAGCCUUGGCCGAUGAGAGGGAUGCGGUGCAGAAGAAGACUUUCACCAAAUGGGUGAAUUCCCACCUCGCCCGUGUCUCCUGCCGUAUUGGGGAUCUCUACGCCGAUCUCCGUGAUGGCUACGUCCUCACCCGGCUGCUGGAGGUGCUCUCUGGGGAGCAGCUGCCCAAACCAACACGGGGCCGGAUGCGGAUCCACUCGUUGGAGAAUGUGGACAAGGCGUUGCAGUUCCUCAAGGAGCAACGGGUUCAUCUGGAGAACGUGGGCUCACACGACAUCGUGGACGGCAACCACCGCCUCACCCUCGGCCUCAUCUGGACCAUCAUCCUCCGCUUCCAGAUCCAGGUGAUCAAAAUCAAGACUGAAGACAACCGGGAGACACGCUCAGCCAAGGAUGCUCUGCUGCUCUGGUGCCAGAUGAAGACGGCGGGCUACCCUGAGGUGAACAUCCAGAACUUCACCACCAGUUGGAGGGAUGGGUUGGCCUUCAACGCGCUCAUCCACAAGCACAGGCCGGACCUCAUCGACUUCCACAAGCUGACCAAGUCCAACGCGACCUACAACCUUCAACAAGCCUUCAACACGGCCGAGCAGCAGUUGGGGCUCAGCAAGCUGCUGGACCCCGAGGAUGUCAACAUGGAGGACCCCGAUGAGAAGUCCAUCAUUACUUACGUGGUGUCCUUCUACCACUACUUCUCCAAGAUGAAGGCGCUGGCUGUGGAGGGGAAGCGCAUCGGGAAGGUUCUGGAUCAGGCUAUGGAGAUCGAGGCCAUCAUCGAGCGGUAUGAGGCACUGGCAGCCGAGCUGCUCGCCUGGAUCCAGCACACCAUCACCAUCAUCAGCAACCAGAAGUUUGCCAACUCCUUGACUGGGGUGCAGCAGCAGCUCCAAGCCUUCACCGCCUUCUGCACCCUGGAGAAGCCCGUCAAGUUCCAGGAGAAGGGGAACCUGGAGGUCCUGCUCUUCACCAUCCAGAGCAAGCUAAGAGCCAACAACCGCAAGCUCUACAUCCCCAGUGAGGGCAAGAGCAUCUCUGACAUCAAUAAGGCUUGGACCUGCCUGGAGAAGGCAGAGCAUGAGCGGGAGGUGUUGCUGCGUAAUGAGCUGAUCCGGCAGGAGAAGCUAGAGCUGCUGGCCCAGCGUUUCGACCACAAGGCUGUCAUGAGGGAGACGUGGUUGAAUGAGAACCAACGCUUGGUCUCGCAGGACAACUUUGGCUACGACCUGCCGGCAGUGGAGGCCGCUAUGAAGAAGCAUGAGGCCAUCGAGGCCGAUAUCUCCUCCUACCAAGAGCGCAUCCAGGUGGUGGUGGAGCUGGCCCUGGAGAUGGAGUCCGAGGGCUACUAUGACACCAAACGCAUCAGUGCCCAAAAGGACAACAUCCUUCGGCAGUGGGGGCUGUUGACUGAGCUGGUCCGUGCCCGUCGUGCCCGCCUCGAGCAGAACCUGGCCUUGCAGAAGAUCUUCCAGGAGAUGGUCUACAUGAUUGACUGGAUGGAGGAGAUGCAGGUGCUGUUGGUCUCUAAGGAUUUGGGGAAGCAUCUUCUGGAGGUUGAGGACCUGCUGCAGAAGCACGGGCUGCUGGAGGCCGACAUCUCUGCCCAGACCGACCGGGUGCAGGCGCUCAACGCCGCUGCGCUCAAGUUCUCAGAGCUGGAGGGCUACCAACCCUGCGACCCCCAGAUCAUCUGCAACCGGGUCAAUCAUGUCCAGACGUGUCUGGAGGAGCUGGGGGAGCUGGCGGGCAAGAGACGCAAGGAGCUGGAGGACUCCCGCCAGCUUUGGGCCUUCUUCCAGGAGAUGGAAGAGGCUGAGGCGUGGAUCCGCGAGAAGGAGCAGAUCCUGGCCGCCAAGACGUGUGGCCGGGACCUGAGCAGCGUCUUGACGUUGACCAACAAGCACAAGAGCAUGUUGGGUGAGCUGGGAAGCCGACGGGCUCUGUUGCACCAGACCAUGAAGAGGGGCGAGCAGAUCUUGGCCAAGAAACGCUUCAGCCCUAGUGGGAUCCAGGAGAAGAUCCGGGAGGUUCGCCUCCGCUGGAAGAAGCUGGAGGAGGUGACGGGGUUGCAUCAACAACGGUUGCAGGAGGCCCUCAACUUCUUCCAGUUCAGCGCCGAGACAGAUGACUUGGUAGCCUGGUUGCAGGACACCUACCGCAUCGUCUCCAGCGAUGACUUCGGCCACGAUGACUAUUCCACCCAAGCUCUUCUGCGGAAGCACCGGGCAGUGGUGGAAGAGGUGGAGAAACACCGGGCGGCCGUGUUGGCCCUCCGGAAGCAGUUGGCUCUUCUGGCACCUGAGCACCGUCAAGGGGUUGACGUGCAGAUCCGGGUGGUGGAGGUGGAGCAGCUCUACGGGGAGGUGGCUGAGGUAGCCGUGCUGCGGCAGCAGUGGUUGCAGGACGCUUUGGCCGUCUACCGUAUGUUCAGCGAGGUGCACGCCUGCGAGGUCUGGGUGGAUGAGAAGGAGCAGUGGUUGGAGAGGAUGGAGGUGCCGGAGGAGUUGGAUGAGGUUGAGGUGGUCCAGCAUAGGUUUGAGAGCCUGGACCAGGAGAUGAACAGCGUCAUGGGACGAAUCUUGGAUGUCAACCAGGUGGUGCAGCAGUUGGUGGAUGGGGGUCACCCCAGCUCAGAGGAGGUCCGCUCCUGCCAGGACCACCUCAACAGCAGGUGGAAUCGGGUGGUGGAGCUGGUGGAGCACAAGAAGAGCCAGCUCAGCUCUGUCCUGAAGAUCCAGAACUACCUGCUGGAGUGCGGCGAGAUGAAGGCGCAGGUGCGGGAGAAGAGAAAAGCCAUUGAAGCCACGCAAUCAGGAGGCGGCGACCUGGGCGGUGUGUUGGCCUUGCAACGCCGCCUCUCCACCAUGGAGGCAGCUCUGGUGGUCUUGGAACCUCGGUUGGUGGAGCUUCAACGGGAAGGCGAAGCCUUGGCUGCCUCCCACCCUGGGCGAGCCCUGGAGAUCCUGCUGCCCUUCGAGCAGAUCAGCGAGGAGUGGGAGGCCCUGAAGCGGGCGCUGCAAGGUUGUGAGGACUCUUUGACCGUUGCCGGUCGCUUGCAACAGUUCAUCCAAGACUUGGACAACUUCCUCAGUUGGUUGGUGAAGACUCAAGCUGCCGUAGCCUCCGAGGAGGUGCCGGAUAGCUUGGCCGAAGCGGAGAGGUUGUUGAACCAACACGUGGCCCUCAAAGAGGAGAUCAACGGCUACGAGGAGGACUAUGCCAAGAUCCAAGCGGCCAGCGAUCUGUUGGCCUUGGAGGAGACGGAGGUCCCCUACCUCUCGUUGCAGCAGUGGUUGCAGAAGCUGGAUGCAGGCUGGGGCAAGCUGCUGCAGAGCUGGGAGACACGAAGAGAGGUGCUGGUGCAAUCUCAUGUCUUCCACCUCUUCCUCCGGGAUGUCCAGCAAUGCGAGACCAGCCUCUACAACCAGGAGUCCACCCUGGUCCAUGCUGAGCUCCCUGACACGGUGGAAGGGGUGAGCAACGCCAUCAAGAAGCACAAGGACUUCACCACCACCAUGGACCUCAACCUGCAGAAGAUCCAACUGGCUCUACAAGCUGGUGAGAGCCUCCAACGUCAAGGCAACCUCUACAGCGACCGCGUGGCUGAGGCGAUGGAGAGUCUCCGUGCCAAGAGCCAACGCAACUACCAGCUGGCUAAGGAGUGGAUGCAGCGGCUUGAGGACCACCUUGAGCUGCAGCGGUUCCUCCAGGACUGCCACGAGGCUCUGCGGCAUCACGCCAAUGCCACCAUCAUCCUCAUCCUCAUCCUCCUCUUCUUCGCCUUCUUCACUGUCAUCCUCCUCUUCCUCCUCGCCGAAGGUGAAGAACUUCUCCUCACCAAACCCGAAUUAGCUGACGCUGUUCGGCGUCAACUGGAAGAGUUACGGCAAUGUUGGGUAGAGUUGGAAACCACCAGCCAAGCCAGGAGCCGCCGGUUGGCAGAAGCCGCCGCCGCCGAGCGCUUGGCACGGAGUUACGCCGACAUGGAGGCGCGGUUGGGGAGGCUGGAGGAGCAGCUGGAGACGGUGGGGGCAGGAGCCGACCUUCUUAGCGUCAGCAGGCAGCUCAAGAGGUUGCAGACGAUGGAGUCGCAGGUGGAGGAGUGGUACAAGGAGGUGGGGGAGCUGCAGGUGCAGGCAGCGGCGCUGCCCCCACAGGCAGCAGGCAGGCAGGCGGUGGGGGAGCGGCAAAGCGCAGUGGGGACCCGUAUCGUCCGCCUGAUCGAGCCCCUCAAGGAACGUCGGAGAAUCCUGUUGGCUUCCAAGGAGGUUCAUCAAGUCAGCCAUGAGCUGGAAGAUGAGGUGCUGUGGGUGCAGGACCGCCUGCCCUUGGCCACGCUGAAGGACCAUGGCACCAACCUGCAGACGGUCCAGCAGUUCAUCAAGAAGAACCAGAACCUCCGCCGGGAGAUCCAGGUCCACCGACCUCGCGUGGACGAGGUGCUGGAACGUGCCGCAGCCGUUGCCUCCAUCAAAAGCCCCGAAGCCGAAGGGGUCCGACGUCUCCUGGAGCGUUUGGGGACGAUGUGGGGGGAGCUGCAGGAGCAGGCAGAGCGCAGGCAGCAAACCUUGGAUGCCACCUACCAACUGGAGCAAUACUACUUUGACGUGGCCGAGGUGGAGUCGUGGUUGGGCGAGCAAGAGCUGCUGUUGAUGAGCGAGGAGAAGGGGAAGGAUGAGCAGAGCACCCUACAACUCCUCAAGAAGCACCUCCUGACGGAGCAAACAGUGGAGAACUAUGAGGAGACCAUCGCCCAACUCUCUCGCCAAUGCCGUGCUCUUCUAGAGUUGGGCCACCCUCAAAGCGAACAGGUCAGCAGGCGGCAGUCGCAGGUUGACCGGCUGUACGUGUCUCUGAAGGACCUGGUGGAGGAACGCAAGGCCAAGUUGGAGCAGCAAUAUUGGCUCUACCAGCUCAACCGCGAGGUGGACGAGCUGGAGCAUUGGAUCGCUGAGAAGGAGGUGGUGGCCGGCUCACCGGAGCUGGGACAGGACUUCGAGCAUGUCACACUACUCCAGGAGAAAUUCCUGGAGUUUGCCAGCGAGACGGGCAGCGUUGGGCAGGAGAGGAUUGCCGCCGUCAACCAAAUGGUGGACGAAUUGAUUGACUACGGGCAUGCUGAUGCUGCCACCAUUGCUGAAUGGAAGGAUGGGGUCAACGAAGCUUGGGCAGAUCUUCUGGAGCUGAUGGAGACCAGGGCACAGAUGUUGGCAGCUUCCCAUGAAUUGCACAAGUUCUUCAAUGAUUGCAAAGAGGUUUUGGGGCAAAUCGAGGAGAAAAGGCAACGCCUGCCUGAACUGGCAGCCCGUGAGGGCAGGACGUCGGCCGGAGCCUUGCAACGGGCAUUGGGUGCCUUCGAGCACGAUGUGGAGGUGUUGGUGACCCAAGUCCGGCAGCUACAAGAGGGUGCGGCACAGUUGAGGACCCUCUAUGCCGGGGACAAUGCCGAAGCCAUCGCCGGGAGGGAGCAGGAGGUGCUACGGGCAUGGAAGGAGCUCUUGGCGGCGUGUGAGGAGUGCCGGCUCCAUGUCGCCAGCGUCGCUGAUAAGAUCCGCUUCGUCGGCACCGUGAGAGACCUUCUCGCCUGGAUGGAUGGUGUCCUCUGCCAGAUCGGCGCUGGAGAGAAGCCCAGGGACGUCUCCUCGGUGGAGCUGCUGAUGAACGACCACCAAGGGCUCAAGAGCGAGAUAGAAGCUCGCGGCAAGAGCAUCGCCGCUUGCCUGGAGCUCGGCAAGAACCUCAUCCUCAGCAAGAGCCCUGCAGCCGAUGAGAUCAAAGCCCAUGUGGAGAAGCUGCUUGCGAAGAAGAAGGAGAUGAUGGAGAAGUGGGACAAGCACUGGGAAUGGCUGCAGCAGAUGCUGGAGGUGCACCAGUUCGCCCAGGAGGCGGUGGUGGCCGACGCUUGGCUGACGGCCCAGGAGCCUUUGCUCAAGAGCCAAGAGCUGGGCAGCAGCGUGGACGAGGUGGAGCAGCUGAUCCGGCGGCACGAGGCUUUCCGGAAGGCAGCCGCUGCUUGGGAGGAGAGGUUCAGUUCCCUGAGACGGCUCACCACGAUCGAGAAACUGAAAGCAGAGCAGAACAAGCAGCCACCAACACCGCUCCUGAGCCGCAAAUUUUUGGGGGAACCCCCAGGGGGGUCAACACCAUCGCCGGGGGGGUCCGAGCGCCUGGAAAGCCGCCGGCUAGAGCCCCGCGUUGCCUAUGUGCGCCAUGAGCUCCGUCCUGAGCGCCUACAGCCCAAGCUUGACCGUGUCCAGGGACCUCCCGGGGAUGGGGGUCCCGUGGGGGACCCAACCCCCCCUACCACCGCCGGUGAGACACCGGUGCCCCCCAGAACCGAAGAGCCUGGGGAGGCCAGGACAGGGCUGCUGGAACGGCGCCGGGAGCGGCGAGAGCGCCGGUUGGAACGGCAGGAAUCCAGUGAACCGGAGCUGCCGCGGCACGACGGCAAGGGUGGCGGCAAAGCCACCCUGGCUGACAUCGUGGAGCAGCUGCAGGAGAAGGAGGCGGGUGGCCCCUUGCCGGCUCCAGUGAGUCCCCUUGGCAUCCCCUUGCCCCGGGAGCGGGAGUCCCCCGCCCGCCUGCCCACCGGCCCAGAGGCAUUGCCGGAGAGAAUGCCGCGACCCGACCGACCCCGCGCCCGCGACCGCCCCAAACCCCGCCGACGUCCACGACCCAAAGACCCUGCUCAGGGUCCGGGGGAGACGCGGAGGUCGCGGUCAGCCCCGGCACAGGGCAGCGCCCCGCCGCCCCCGCCACCCCCCACCCACACGGUGCAGCACGAGGGCUUCCUCUUCCGCAAGCACGAGCUUGAUGGACCCAACAAGAAGGCAUCCAACAGAUCUUGGGUGAACCUCUACUGCGUCCUGAGCAAGGGUGACCUGGGCUUCUACAAGGAUGCCAAGGGUCAAGCGACGGGCAGCACUCACGGUGGUGAACCCCUCCUCAACCUCCACCACUCCACCAGCGAGGUGGCCAACGACUACAAGAAAAAGAAGAACGUCUUCAAGCUCAAGACCAGCGACGGGAGCGAGUUCCUCCUGCAAGCCAAGGAUGAGGAAGACAUGCGGGGGUGGCUGAGGGCGCUGGCCGCCUGCGCCCAGGAGCACGCCGAGGUGGCGCGGUGGAGCCAAGCUCUUCUCACCACCUCCUCCACUGACGAGGGCCUCCCCCGGCGGGAGGGCGACCGCCGCUCCAGCACCUCGGGGAGACGGAAGUGA